AUGAGACGCAGUAAAGCGGACCUACAGAAAUACAUCGACAAUGUCCAGAGCAGCGUCUCCUCUCCGCGGGAGAAAGCCAUGAAGGGAUUCCUUUUCGCCAAGUUAUACUAUGAAGCUAAAGAAUAUGAUCUCGCCAAGAGAUGUGUGUCAUCCUACAUUGAUGUGCAAGCAAGGGAUCCAAAAGCACACCGGUUUCUUGGUCAGCUUUUUGAACUUGAAGGGAAUGUUGAUAAAGCUGUUGGCUGCUACAAGCGUUCUUUGGAACUGAACCCUACUCAGAAGGAUCUUGUUCUUAGGAUUGCUGAAUUGAUAUGCACUAGCGAUGUCACAGAUGGUAGAGCAGAAUACUGGGUGGAAAAAGCAGCUAAGCUUUUCCCUGGAAGUCCUGUUAUCUACAGACUAAAAGAGCAGCUUUUAAACUGUGAAGGUGAAGCAGGCUGGAAUCAAUUGUUUGAUUUGAUUCAGUCGGAACUGUUUGCAAGGCCCAAUGAUGUGUUUGUCAAUAUUAGACUUGUAGAGUUAUUUCGGUCAAGUAAAAGACUAGAUGAAGCUGUGAUCCACUGUCUGAAACCAGAGAGAAGAGUUUUACGCACACACUUAGAGUGGUGCUCAUGUGUUGUGCAAGUUUUAAAGGAAUAUUUGUCCUCUCACACAGCUUCAGCUAAAAGCAACUGGAGAACAAUUAACAAGGAACUGUUGCUUGCACUUUCAGACCUUGUCCUUGUAACGCUUUCUACCAGAGAUGUAAAAGAAAGCAUGCUAGCACUUAAAAGUUUUGAUCAAGCACUCUGGUCACUGAAGCCCCAUGCAGAUGGCACAGACGACUUGUCAGUUACAUUCGCUGAAAUACGAGGUCACUACUACAUGCAUACUGGAACUCAGUUACUGAAAAUGGCUCAGCACAAUGAAGUUCAGUGGAAGGCAUCAUUAGAACCAGCUGCACUCUGUUAUCUUCUUGCUUUCCAGGUGCCAUGGAAUAAACAAGUUAAAAGAGAUGAGAAUUCACAAAAUAUUCUUGAAGGUCUGGCGUGUGAUCGACAAAGCCAAUCAGGACACUUGCUCUUGAGUCUAAGCCACGGCAAGGACAAUUUUCUCAAAGAUGUCAUCGAGACUUUUGCGAACGUAAAAGGUCAAAGUAGUUUGCUGCAAAUGUUGUUUGAAAAUGAUCUGUCAAUGGAUGCAUCUUUUCUGGGUACAGAUGACAUAAGCAACAUAAGCUGUCAGAUCCCAGAUCUGAACGAACUACAUCGAUAUGACCAUGGUGCCAUUCGUAUGCACAAUGGAGAAUUGCAGCACUUAACCUGGCUUGGUCUGCAGUGGCACUUCAUGUUUUCACUGCCAAACCUUCGUAAGUGGCUUAAGCAGCUUUUCCCUCGGGUACCUCAGGAAACUUCAAAGCUUGAAUCCAACAAUCCAGAAUCUAUAUGUAUUCUUGAUCUGGAGGUAUUUUUACUAGCAGUUAUCUACACAAGCCACCUUCAGUUGCAAAAUAAUUAUUCAUCAAAUGACUGCUAUCAGCCUCGUUGCUUACCUAUGCCGAUCUGCAAGCAGCUUUUUACAGACAAACAGGGAUCAUGGUGGGAUGCGGUCUACAGCCUUAUUCAUAAAACAGCCCAGGCUGGAUCUUCAGCUAAACUUCGGCUUGUGAUUCAGCAUGAGCUUAAUACACUGCGAGCGUUGGAAAAGCAUGGUUUGCAGCCUGCCCUUCUCAUACAUUGGUCAAGGAGUCUCAGCACUACUGGGAACAGUUUGAAUUCCUUCUAUGAUCAGAGGGAUUAUAUGGUCCGAUGUAUCCACUACUGGAAGAAAGUAUUGCCACUGCUAGAUGUGAUUAGACAGAAGAAAAGCAUACCUGAGCCAAUUGACCCACUCUUCAAACAUUUCCACAGCAAAGAUAUUAAGUUGUCUGAAGUAAGAGAUCUGGAAGAUGAAGCUGGCAUUGCAUUUGCCAAAAUGGAUAUUUUUGAGGGAAAGAAUGAUGAUGCUAUACUAGCUUUGGAAGCCAUUAGGAGUGUUGAUUCUUACUGGAAUCUUGCAUUGGUAUACCAGAGAAAAGGAGAAGAUAUUGAGAAUGAUGCAGUGUCUUCUGAAGAGCAGGAGGAGUAUCAGAAUUUCAUGCGGAAAUGUAAAUCCUAUCUUAUCAAGAUUCUUGAUGAAGUUGCUACAGAUCCAUCCCUGGCAGCAAAGCUAUCAGUGCCUGUUGAAUCUGUUGAAGAAAUCUUGGAUGAAGUAAGAAGAAAUCUUGAUGAAGCCCCUGAAAAUCAAAGCCCAAACUUCAGAGAUACUCAAUCCUUUAUAGCUGCUUCCGGAAUUAAACAUUCUACACCAUCUCCAUCCAAGUUUUCUCGGUCACCGAGUAAAACGCCAAAGUCUUCAUCAAAGACACCACCACGUUGGGCUGAAGAUCAGAAGACUAUGAUUGAGGAGCUUGUUCAACAAGUUGAAGCCUUGAAGAAAGAAGUACAUGAACUAAGGAUGAAUAAUUCAAACACCAACAUGUCUACCCAGCGAUGGACAGCUGAAGGAUUUACUUCAGAUACAGCAACUGAUGGAUACCAUUUAACCCAGGGAUACUAUGAUGUUCCACUGACAGUUUCUACAACAGCCCACCCAUCGUACUAUGUACAGUCUCCAGUUUACAAUCCCCAACAACUACUUAGACCUGUGGCAAAUGUUACUCCAACCAAGACUUCUGUGUAUCCGGUGAACAGAAUGGCUACUCAGCAACACAUGUAUGCAAUGCAUACACCACCAGUUCAAAACACUGCCAUGUGUGGUCAUGCACUUCGCUUUGAAUCGCCUGCAACAAAUAUUUUGUCUCCUCAAACUGAUGAGUACUACAACUACAAUUUGCCUCAAAACACUGCUAAUCCCACACUUCCUGAGCCAGGGUAUUUCACAAAGGCUGCUCAGGGAGCUCAACCAGCUAAAGCAGAGUUUGGAAAGAACAGCUUUGUUCAACCUAUACAGAGUGAGGGACCAAAAUCUUCUCCAUUUACAGCACCACUACAGUCAACUCCAACCUUUAAAUUUAAUUCAAACUUCAAAUCAAAUGACGGGGACUUUACAUUUUCCUCUAAUCAAAGCGGAACACCAGCAAAUGCUGGUAGUGAGUGUUUGCUGCGGCUCCUAACAUCUGAUAAACCCAUUAAUGAUCAGGGAAUAAAGCCUACGACAUUUGAUAACACUGAUUCAAGAAACAUGUUUAGGUUUGGUGAGAAGAAUUUUUUGAAUAACGUCACAGAAGGAUCAAAUCAGAUACAGGAUAAAAAUAGCACAGCAUUUAGUCAAGGUGAAAACAUAUUUAGCUUUCAAAGUUCUUCUAAAGCAACUUUUGUACCUCCAACAAAAGGACACAACAGAAGUCAUGACUCUGAUGUAGGAAGCGAGUAUGUAGCUGAAGAGGAUGGGCCACAUUUUGAACCUGUAGUGCCAUUACCAGAGAAGAUUGAAGUGAAGACAGGUGAGGAGGAUGAAGAAGAGAUGUUCUGCAACAGAGCAAAACUUUUCCGCUUUGACACCGACACUAAAGAAUGGAAGGAAAGAGGUGUAGGAAAUGUUAAGAUCUUAAGACAUCAUGUGUCUGGUAAGAUACGCCUGCUUAUGAGAAGAGAGCAGGUCCUGAAGAUUUGUGCAAACCAUUUAUUAACUCCAGAUAUGAAACUUAAACCACUUGCCACAUCUGACAAAUCUUAUGUGUGGCAUGCAUAUGAUUAUGCGGAUGAAAUGCCCAAAUCAGAGCAACUUGCAAUUCGCUUUAAGACUGCUGAAGAAGCUGCACUUUUUAAAUCAAAGUUUGAAGAAGCGCAAAAAUCACUGCAUACUACAUAUAGCAGUGUUGAUGUUACCAAACCUAAACCUGACAAAGAACCUAUAAAGGUCGGUGUUGCAGGCCCUCAAGGUUUUUCCUUUGGAUCACAGUUCGGUUCUUCAGUGCAGGAUGCAAAAACUACAAACCCUGGAAAGUGUUCUUUAAGCAAAUCUGCUUCUGCUUUCACAUUUAGUAAAGAUACUUUAUCUAACAAACCUCUCUCUGCUGAACAACCUAUAAAGAGCAAAGAACAGUGGAUCUGCAGUAAGUGUUCUACUGUGAAUGAUACAGCAAACAAACCGUGUAUUCACUGUCACUCUUCAAACCAAGGCUGUAGUGGGUUGCCAGUCCCUAAAAGCAUCACCGGUUUUAUGAAUACUGCAGCUUCACAGAGCUCUUCAUUUGGCUCAGCCUUUGUGAAGAAAGCAGGACAGUGGGAUUGUGAGAUAUGCUUGGUACGGAAUGAGCCUUCUGCAACAAAUUGUGUCGCAUGCCAAACUCCAAAUCCAGCCCCUGCACAGACCACAGCUCCAUCUGCUUCAUCUUUUAAGUUUGUUGCUCCUGAAAAUAGUUCACAAAAAGAUUUUGGGGGUUUGUUUGCAAAGAAGGAAGGACAAUGGGACUGUAGUAUUUGUUUGGUUAGGAAUGAAGCCAAUUUUUCAAAGUGUGCUGCUUGUCAAAGUCCUAAAGCACAGCAGCCAAUAAGCAAUACAGCUGGUCUUCCAUCUCAAAAAUCUGGUUUCACUUUCAGCAAGAGUCAGAAUGGAAGCUUGGAAUCCAUGUUUGCAAGAAAGGAGGGGCAGUGGGAUUGUACGGUCUGCCUAAUCAGAAAUGAACCUUCAGCAGCCAUAUGUGUUGCCUGCCAGACUGCUAACCCAAAUGCAAAAAGUGACACUGCAGCAACUGAGGCAAAGUCAGCCUUUACAUUUGGAUUUAAAGCAAGUCCUUCCGAGUCCUUUGGGCCACCUUCCACAGGGUUUAAAUGUAAUUUCACUGGAAAAGAGUUAAAGUUUGGUACAACAGAUGAUAAAUCAUCUUUUAGUUUUAAAGCGGCAAGCGAAGAUAGUAAACUUUCCAAAGAGGGAUUCAGCUUUACAAUGCCUUUCAGCUCUUCUUUUAAAUUUGGUACUGAGCCAAAUAAAACCGAACAAGAGAGAGAAACUGUUCCCCUUUUGAAGGCUGCUUUGGGUAGUGGCAAGGAGGUUCCAUCGGUUGAAACCAGAGUGCAAUGUGUGGAAAACAAGCAAAAACAAAGUGGGGAGAUUUUUGCUAACACUGCUAACAGCUUUUCUUUUGCUGAUCUAGCCAAAUCUCAAGAAGGGUUUGCUUUUGGUAAAAAAGACCCUAAUUUUAAAGGAUUUUCUGGUGCUGGUGAGAAAUUGUUUGCAUCUAAAAGUGAUAAAUUUGACCAAGCAAACACUUCUGCUGAGCAAGAGGUUGGAGAUGACCUUUACAAGACAGAGGAUCGUGAUGACAUCCAUUUUGAGCCGAUUGUGCAGCUUCCUGAUAAAAUAGAGCUUGUGACUGGAGAAGAAGAUGAAAAAAUGCUUUACUGCCAGAGAGUAAAAUUAUAUCGGUUUGAUACAGACAGCAGCCAGUGGAAAGAGCGUGGCGUUGGCACCUUAAAGAUUCUUAAAAAUGAGGUAAAUGGGAAGCUCCGAAUUCUAAUGAGACGAGAGCAAGUGCUGAAAGUAUGUGCAAACCACUGGAUUACAACCACCAUGCACCUGAAACCGUUGUCUGGUUCAGACCGUGCGUGGAUAUGGAUGGCAAAUGACUUUUCUGAUGGGGAUGCAAAAUUAGAACAGUUAGCAGCAAAAUUUAAAACGCCUGAGCAAGCUGACGAAUUUAAAAAUAAAUUUGAAGAGUGCCAGCGCUUGUUGUUGGAUAUACCUCUUCAGACCCCCCAUAAGCUGGUAGAUACAGGAAGGACUGCACACUUAAUCAAGAAAGCAGAAGAAAUGAAAACUGGUCUUAAAGAUCUGAAAACAUUUUUAACAGACCAGAGUAAACCUGCUGAAGCGGAUACAAAUUUUAGUACUUCUGAGAGUCUAAUAAAGAAAAGCUUGGAAUCCACAGAACCUACUUAUGAGUGGGAUACAUAUGACAUGCGGCCAGGUUCUCUUGAAGGCAAUUUAGAUGAUUCCAUAUAUGCUUCUCCUUUAACAAAUAGUCCAGAAAAAAGUAAUCUCUUCAGAUUUGGAGAAUCUACUGUAGGCUUUAACUUUAGCUUUCAGCCAGCACCGAGUCCUGUAAAGUCACCAACCAAAUUAAACCAAAGCAGAACUUCUGUAGGUACUGACGAGGAAUCUGAUGUGACACAAGAGGAGGAACGUGACGGCCAGUACUUUGAGCCUGUUGUGCCUUUGCCAGAUCUUAUUGAAAUCACCAGCGGAGAAGAAAAUGAACAGACUCUUUUCUGCCAUAGAGCUAAGCUUUACAGAUUUGAUAAAGGUAUUAAUCAGUGGAAAGAGCGGGGUAUCGGUGACCUAAAGAUUUUACAGAGCUAUGACAACAAAGCAGCACGAAUAGUAAUGAGAAGAGAUCAAGUCUUAAAAUUGUGUGCCAACCACCGUGUUACACCUGACAUGCAUCUGGAACCAAUGAAAGGGGCUGAGAGAGCAUGGGUGUGGACUGCACAAGACUAUUCUGAAGGUGAAAGUGAAGCAAAAGUAGAAUUAUUUGCUGUACGUUUUAAACAUCAGGAGGUUGCAGACUUGUUUAAGGAAAUCUUUGAAGAAGCCAAGUUUGCACAGUCAAAAGAUAGCUUGCUCCCUCCCUUUUCUACACGUGUCACAACACCAAAGUCUUCACCGUGUGGGAAGGCUGCUGUAGCCAUUCUGGAAGAAACCACAAAGGAGAAAACUGAUUUGCCAGCUGUAACAACACCUGUUUCUGGGGUAAAAUCUGAUACAGCAAGUUCUUUAGAAAAAACACCAAAAAAUGUUGUGUCCCCACCCAAGUUUGUAUUUGGUUCUGAAGUAGUGAAAAAUAUCUUUGGUACAGAGAAGAAGGCUUUUACUUUUGGGAAUUCUUCUGGAGCCGGUACAUUGUUUGGCUUCAGUUUCAAUCCUUCAAAGACUCAAAAUGAAGAGGAAGGCAAACAGUCUUCUCAACCUACCCUAGGUAAUCAAGAAACAAAGUCUUACAGUAGCAUAAAAAGCACACCUGCUACUUCACAUAAGUCAUCGGAACAGAAGGUUUUGCAAAACCCCUCAGUCUCCUCUUCAUCAGCAAAAUGUACACAGCCUAUACAGAUAACGGCUAGAGCAAAGAGUAGUAGUUCUCUUGAAUUGGACAGCUCCCCUGAUGUGCUUUUUGUGUAUGAGUUGACUCCAACAGAAGAACAGAGAGCACUAGCAGAUCAGCUGCUACUUCCUCCUACUUUCUUCUGCUACAAGAACAAGCCUGGAUAUGUCAGUGACGAAAAUGAUGUUGAUGAUGAGGACUUUGAGGCUGCUGUUAAGACGUUAAAUGGACAAAUUUAUGAAGAAGAUAAAAAGGUCAAAGGCCAAGGGCAACAGCAUGCUAAGGAGAUGGAAUGUAUAAUUGUCUGGGAAAAAACUCCCACACCAGAAGAAAAAGCCAAAGCUGAAAGCUUGAAAUUGCCUCUAACCUUUUUCUGCGGUGUGAGCAGUGACACAGAUGAAGACAAAGACACUGCUGAGGACUACGAAUCAGCCGUUAAAAAAGUGUCUGAAGAAUCUAAGAAAACAGAAGAAGAUAAUGAAACUGAUCAGAUCUCCAUUUCAUCCGUCACAAUUCCUGAAGCACCAUCCUCUACUACUGAAUCAGCCCAGGAGCCAGUAGACCUGUCGUCUAAGCCUGAACCUGCAAAAUCUGGUUCUGAUAUCCAAGAAAUCGGCAUUUUCUUUGGCCUAAAUGGUGGCUCUGGACUUUCAUUUGCGGACUUGACAACAGAUAAUGGGGAAUUUGCCUUUGGAUCUAAAGAUGCAAACUUCCAGUGGGAUAACACUGGGGCUGCCGUGUUCAGCUCUAAGGCAGCAAACGAAAGACAGAAAAAGGAGGUGACAGCGAUGAUGAGGUGGUUCACAGUGAUGAAGUUCACUUUGAGCCCAUUGUGUCAUUACCUGAGGUGGAGGUUAAGUCAGGAGAAGAAGAUGAGGAAAUACUUUUUAAAGAGAGAGCAAAGCUUUACCGCUGGGACAGAGCUACCAAUCAGUGGAAGGAGCGAGGAGUAGGCGAGAUUAAAAUCCUUUACAAUCAGGAAAAAAAUAUUACCGCAUAUUGAUGAGACGGGACCAAAGUAUUGAAAGUGUGUGCAAACCACGUUAUAUCGAAAGACAUGAAACUAGCUCCUUUAAAUACAUCCCAGAAUUCAUUUGUUUGGAUAGCCAAUGAUUAUUCUGACGGAGAGGCUAAUUUGAGCAAUUUGCAGCCAGAUUCAAAACCCAGGAGCUGGCGGAUUCUUUUCAGAGAAAGUUUGAAGAAUGCCAGCAGAAUCUACAGUUAUCUGAAAAACCUAA